AUGCAGCAGUGCGAAACGUUCGAUGGCUUUCUCGUAAGUGGCGUAGUGGGCAAUUGCUGCUAUGGCAGAGACGCCAAGUCGUGCAGGGCACAAGGGAACGGACGCAGGUGGUGCAGUAGGCAGAAGGCGAACUUUUGCUCCGAAGUCUUUAUCCAGAACACAAACAGGAAGGUCUCGGAGACUUGCGACGCCGACUGCUGCAACAUCCAGACUGGAUGGGGGAUGGGUUGCCCCAAGUAG